AUGUGGGAGAUUUGCCUGGUGUACGAGAUCCUGGAAGAAAACUUGCUUGACCGCAUGAGCAGAAAUAACCUAGAACCUGUCCAUCUGUGUAAAAUCAGAGCUCUCGCUCAGCAGAUGUUUCAGGCUCUUAGUGGUCUCAAGAGCAGCGGUGUGGUACACGGGGACAUAAAAUUGGACAAUAUCAUGUUUGUCGAAGAGGAAUCUUUAAAGAUAAAAUUGAUCGAUUUCGGCUUGGCAAGAAAAGCAAAGGAACUGGUGACAGGAUCCAACAUUCAAAUUACCCCAUUCAGAGCACCGGAAGUCAUCCUGGGUCUCCCAAUGGAUGAAAGUAUUGAUAUGUGGGCUCUUGGAGUUGUCCUUGCCACUGUGUACAGAGGAGAUCUUCCCUUUCCGUGUGAUACCGAAUAUCAAACAAUCAGAGGUAUGGUACAGAUAUUUGGUUUACCAGAGGAAGAACUUCUUAAUGCAGGAGAGUUGUUGGAAGUCAAUCCCAAAAAGAGAAUCACGCCAAGUCAAGCCCUGGCUCAUGACUUCAUAACCAUGAGGCAUCUUUCAGGAGAAAAUAAGGCCUCAUAUGCUGCCACUGCUGAAAACAUCAUGAGAAAGAUCCAGCUCGAAGACGUAAAAGUGGACCUUGCAGCACCUCUCAACACAAGUUCAGUUGAAUCCUCUGACGAAGAUCAGGAAACACCAGUGUUAGAUGUUUCAACUGCAGACACUACAGACAUAAAUGAGGCUUCUCCUGCUGCAGCUGAGAGUGAACCAACAACUCCCUCUAGCUGUAGCAGCUCACGUUCUAAUCCCUGUGAGGAACUCAUCACUCAGAAAAAAAUGGAUAUGGCUGAAGAACAGAAGAUAGACAAAGUCAAGGAAAAUAUAUCCGCAAGAGGUAACAAAAAGCAGAAUCCUUCAAAGUGGAAACAGUCAAUGUCUGGUCCCUGCACGGAAACGUCAUGAGAAAGACUCAGCUCUAUGACGUGAACCUCCUGCACCUCUCCACCAUAGUAGUACAAAAUAACUUAAAUUAAAAAAAGU